UAGUAGAUGAUGCUCAGGACCCCUUCCAAAUCUGAUUCGAUGUGGUCUUUCAAACUCGGGUUCCGUGUGAGUGCGCGCGCGUAAAAACGAGGACCCCAAAUCCUGCAUUUCCCACGCAUUUCCCACCGGCAGGAAGUGGUAUUGUGGGGGGCGGACGGAUGCAAACGACGCCGAAAGAAAUCCUCCAGGAAAUGCAAAUCCCUAGGCUAAGGGACCAGUGGUCUAAACCUCUGCACAGUCCAGUAACUUUUGAGGAUGUGGCCGUGUAUUUCACCGAAGGACAAGGAGGUUUGCUGGAUCCGUAUCAAAAAGACUUGUACGCUGAAGUCAUGAUGGAGAAUUAUGAGAACUUGGCCUCGUUAGGAUUUUUACUGGCUAAGCCACCUCUCAUCUCCCAGCUGGAACAGGGAGAACAGCCCUGGGUGCCGGGUACUCAAGUCUUGGAUGCAUCAGGGAUGUCGGACACCGAGUCAGGUGAUGCUGAGAGACGGCUGUUGUGCCCUGUGUAUGGGAAAAAUCUUCCUCAGAUCUGCCUUAUCGAACAGCAGAAAUGCCACACUGGAGAAAAAACCUCACGGUUGCUUAGAGCAUCAAACAUGUUCUGUCAAAAAACCACGGUUUCUGAGUGAACACGUGAACCGCAAAGGAGAGAGGUCCCCCUGAGCCACCGGAGAGUUCUCAGUGGAAAGAAGCCCUACCCAUGCCCAGAGUGUGGGAAACGUUUUCGCCAGCAGUCGCACAUUAUAGCGCAUGAGAGAAUCCACACAGGGGAGAAACCGUAUGGCUGUUCUGAGUGUGGAAAACGUUUCACUCAGCAGUCGCACAUUAUAGCACAUGAGAGAAUCCACACAGGGGAGAAACCGUAUGGAUGUUCUGAGUGCGGAAAACGUUUUACUCAGCAGUCGCAGGUUCAGGCUCACGAGAGGAUCCACACAGGAGAGAAGCCCUAUCGUUGUGGGAAGUGCGGGAAGCGUUUCUCCCAACAAACACACCUCCUCAAACAUCAGAGGCUUCACACAAGUGAGGAAAGCCUAUAAAUGCAUGAAGUGUAGAGAGUGUUUUGCUUGACGCUUGUGGCUUUUGAGCCGCCAAAAGAUCCACACAGCGGCGAAGGGUAUGCUGUGGCCAGGUGUGAGAAAACUGCCUUGGCAGCAUCCUCGCUUGGUGGCACCCAGCCGCGGAGAGUGGUGCAACGGCGCAACAGCACUUUCUCUCCCUGGCGCAACUGGGCCAACCCUCUGUUUCCCUUUCCCACAGGAUAAAUCCCCAACGGAGAACGAAUCACGAGCGACAGUGGGUUUUUCUUUUGGGAAAACAGGUUGCAAACAAACUGUAUUAUAACAGAUGUAAACUAGGAGUUUUGGUUCUUCUUCUUCUUCCACUGAAAUGUAACAACCAGUGCUGUUGCUUUUUAUUAAAAUGAGUACAGUUUCAAGUUUUAAGCUGAA